AUGGCCAGCAAGUCAAUGCUCCGCCCAGUCGUCCGAGUGGCCCGGGCACUGGGCCAGCUGAGGCAGCUGCACACGUGUCGUCUUGCCAGGGAUCAGACGAAAGUUCGUCAGGUCAUUGCCGACGCCCUCAGUGUCAGUGCGGUCAGUGUCCAGCAGAUCCCCGCAGUGCCAGCUGACUACCAUGCGCACGGGGAUGCCGACAUUGACAUGCUGCACGACCUUGGAAUUCACACUCAAGCCGUGCAGCACAACGCCCGCCCAGGCACCCUCUACGACGAGGCACUGCGGUACGAGAAGGGCUCUGCAAUCCUCUCCACUGGUGCUCUGGCGGCUUUCUCCGGAGCGAAGACGGGGCGGUCCCCUUUGGACAAGCGUGUGGUGCAGGAGCCAGGAACCCAGGAUGACGUGUGGUGGGGAGCAGUGAACAUCCCAGUUUCAGAGGCCACCUUCAAGAUCAACCGUGAGCGUGCCAUCGACUACCUCAACACACGAGAGAGGCUCUACGUCAUGGAUGGCUUUGCGGGAUGGGACCCGGAGUAUCGGUACAAGAUCCGUGUCAUCACCAGCCGUGCCUACCACGCGCUCUUUAUGCACAACAUGCUGAUCCGGCCCACAGAGGAGGAGCUGGCUAACUUCGGACAGCCAGACUACACGAUCUACAACGCUGGGGCUUUCCCGUGCAACCGUGCCACGGACGGUAUGACCUCGGGAACCUCGGUGACCCUGAACUUCGCAUCCAAGGAGGUGGUCAUCCUUGGUACGCAGUAUGCAGGAGAGAUGAAGAAGGGAGUCUUCACCAUCAUGAACUACCUCCUGCCGAAGCAAGGCAUUGUCAGCAUGCACGCUAGCGCAAACGCGGGCAAGGACAAGGGCGACGUGACGGUCUUCUUCGGCUUGAGUGGCACUGGGAAGACCACACUCUCUGCUGACGAAAACCGUUUGCUGAUCGGUGACGAUGAGCAUGCCUGGACGGACAAAGGCAUCUUCAACAUCGAGGGAGGCUGCUACGCAAAGGCCAUUGGCCUCACAAGGGAGAAGGAGCCAGAGAUCUGGGACGCCAUUCGCUUCGGUGCCUUGCUGGAGAACGUGGUCUUCGACCCGCGCACGGGUGAGGUGGACUACAAUGACACGAGCAUCACGGAGAACACUCGAGUCUCCUACCCGCUCGAGUACAUUCCCAAUGUGCAGAUACCGGCUGUUGCUGGGCAUCCCAAGAACAUCAUCAUGCUGACCUGCGAUGCCUUUGGCGUGCUGCCUCCGGUGUCGAAGUUGACAAAAGCCCAGGCCAUGUACCAUUUCAUCUCCGGCUACACGGCCAAGGUUGCUGGCACGGAGAUGGGCGUGACCGAGCCCACUGCCACCUUCUCCGCAUGCUUCGGGGCUCCCUUCAUGGUGUGGCACCCGGCCAAGUAUGCGGAGCUCCUGGCAGAGAAGAUGUCGCAGCACAACGUGAAUGCUUGGCUCAUCAACACCGGCUGGACUGGGGGUUCCUAUGGUGUCGGCCACCGCAUGAGCCUGAAGGAUACCCGAGCCAUCAUCGAUGCCAUCCAUGAAGGAAACCUGGCCGCUGCAGAGUUCGAGACCUUCCCGCGUUUCAACCUGCAGGUGCCCAAGACCUGCGCGGGUGUGGAUAGCAAGAUCCUGAUGCCCAACAAGACCUGGUCCAACCAGGAAGAGUUUGAGAAGUCCGCAGUGAAGCUCGCUUCGUUGUUUAAGGACAACUUCAAGAAGUUCUCUGACGGAUGUUCGCCAGACAUUUUGGCAGCCGCUCCACAGUGA